AUGGCCACUGAGCUCGGCAGAGGGGGAGAGCCAGAUCAGAGGCUAAAUGUGUCACUUGGACGGUAUGAAACAGAUGAGAUUUUGAGAGCUACUGCUGAGCAGAAAAAUCUCCCUGGUGGUGAUGGUGUAUCAGGAUCCAGGAUGAUGGACCAAAGCUUGUCAACUCUAAUCACAGAGUAUGAUAAACACUUGGAAGAAAUGAGAGAACAGCUGCAGCUUUAUCAGACACAAAUGAGUGAGAUGAGACUAAACUUUGAACAAGUUACCAAGGAAAAUGAAAGGCUGCAUGCAGAGUUGAAAGAGGCUCUUGAGAAGCAACUGGAGGCUCUUCCUUUCAUGCCUCUGGGAACUGAUAUUCCUGCAGAUGAAGGCAUAGUGAGAAACCUUCAAGAACAACUACAACUGAUCAAUCAAGAAAAAGAACAAGCAAUAGAGCUCUGGCAGACUCUAUUACAGGAGCACGAUCGACUCCAGCAGCAGUACCAGGAACGCAUGACCGAAACGCAGAUUCACAUGGCUGAAAGGCAAAAGCAGAAAGAUCAACUGACUGGCUUUCAACAGUUAACUCAGCAACUGCAUAUAGCCAAUGAGAAAAUAGAGUUCAGCAAUCAACAGUUUCUGAAAACUCUAACAGAACAGAAUGUGGAACUCGAGCAACUACGAAAACAACUGAGGCAAGCCAAAAUACAUGGGCGGUCAGCAAAUGCUAAGGUUGAUGAAAUGACCAGAUUGACAGAGAAGCUUCAAGGCCAAUUGGAGAGAAAGGAAGAAGACGUCAUAUCUGCACAGCAAAGAGAAACAGCAUCUGACAAAUGCUUGCAGCAAAUGCAGUCUAGUAUAAAACAAUUGGAAACAAGGUUACGUGUUACUGUCCAGGAUGCUGAACAGCUGAGAACAGAAAGAACAGCCCUGGAGAAACAAAUUGGAGAGCUUCAGACAAAGUACGCUAAUCUAGAAAGGGAGAAAUAUGAUGCUGUCGCAAAAGUCCAAGAUUGCAUACAGCUCCUGGAAGAAGCUAAUCUACAAAAAAGUCAGGCACUCUUUGGGGAGAAACAAAAGGAGGAGGAAAUAAAAAACAUGAAAGAUAAGAUGGCUCAACUUGUAGAAGAUACUGCUGCAAGAAUUAGAAAGGCAGUAGACUCUGCAAAGAAGCAAUAUAAUGUGCAGAUUUCUCGACUAACAGAAGAACUUUCAGCUCUUCAGAUGGAAUGUGGAGAAAAACAGGAUCAAAUUGAACGAGCCAUUAGAGAAAAGAGAGCAGUAGAAGAAGAACUUGAAAAGAUUUACAGGGAAGACAGAGGACGUGAAUCUGACAGUAGAAGAUUAGAGCAACUGCAUCAGAAAUAUUUACUUGCAGAAGCUACAAAAGGUGACCUUCAGCUAAGUCUUCAGACAACACAAAAUAAACUGAAACAACUGGAAAUGAACUCUGAGGAAGAGAAGUCUCGUUGCCAGGAAGCUAUCUGUAAAUUGCAAAGCAUUCUGGAUUCAGAAAGAGAAAAGAGUGCCUUUGUCAGUGAACAAAGGCUAAAACUUCAGCAAGAGAAUGAACAAUUGCAAAAAGAAAUUGAGGACUUGAGAAAACUGGCUGUAAAGGCUCAACAAAAAGCUAAAAUAAAGAUAAGCACAAUGGAACAUGAGCAUUCUGUGAAGGAACAUGGAUAUGAAGCUCGACUUAAGGAGAUGGAAGACACCAGUCAGAAGUCUACUGCUGUACUUAGACGUCUGUUAGUAGCUCAGCAAAAAGCAACAAAUCGGUGGAAAGAAGAAACAAAACGUUUGACUGAAACUACAGAAGCCAGGAUCAGUAAGCUAAAAAGCGAGCUGAGUCAACAAAAACUUCGUAGCCAGGAGCUCAUUUCUCAGCUGGAAGCGGCAAAUGAAAAGAUAACUGAGGAUGAAAAAUUAGUGAUGCAAUAUCGAGAAUACAUCAAUAGGCUUCAAAGGCGACUAAGCCAGGCAGAACAGAGGGCAGCUACAGCGUCUCAAAAGCUCAGCCUGGUGACUACACAGAAGAAAAAAGCUGCUUCCCUGAAGGACCUGGAAAAUAUUUAA